UCCCCCCCGGCCUCAUUCCCUAAUAAUAAUAAUAUAUACCUUCUCCUUCCCAAAAGCGCUUAAUCAUAAAACAAUACUAAGUCCUCUUUGAAAUUUAUCUUAGCUAGCAAUGGCAUCGGCAGUGGUUAAUAAGUCGCCAGCAGUGUGGUUUGCCGCCGCAGCGUUGUGCGUCCUGGCGGUGGCUUUCGCUCCCCGUGCGGAAGCCAUCACUUGCGGCCAGGUUGCGAGCUCCCUGGGCCCUUGCUUGUCUUACUUGAGGGGAGCCGGGGGCAUGCCGCCCCCGACUUGCUGCUCUGGCGUCAAAAGCCUAAACAGCAUGGCUCAAACCACCGCCGACCGCAAAACCGCUUGCAGUUGCCUUAAAAGCGUCGCUGGGAGCGUAAAUGGGCUCAAUGCCCAAACCGCCGCUGCCCUUCCCGACAAAUGCGGCGUUAGCAUUCCUUACGCAAUCAGCAUGUCCACCAAUUGCGCUAACGUGAAGUGAAACAGACGGUUAGGUUGACGGACCAGCGUCGUUGCCAGCUGAGAUUUACCAUUUCCGUGUAUUAGUAAUAAAAGUAAAAUAUGGUGUGACCCGAUGGUGGAGUAAUAAUUAAUGAGUAAUAAAUUGUGAGGUUUCCUUUGUGAUGGAUGAUGAUCCCUCUUUGGGGUCUGAUUAGGAUCAGUAUGUGAACUUCUUGGAGACCUCUUUCUUUGUUUUUCCUUUUGUUAUUUUUGGUCAUGCUCAACUGGUUCGAUCCGCAUGUAUGCAUGUUGCCGAUGGGUUGUUCAAUGUAAUGUUUGCAUUUCACUUUGUUCUCUAAUCUCUAUGAUAUGAAAAUAUUUGGCCAAUCCUUCUGUGCCUCU